AUGGGGUGUUGUCAAUCUAGGCUAGAGAGAGAAGAGGUUGUGGCUCGAUGCAAGGCCCGACGGCGAUACAUGAAGCAUUUGGUGGCGGAGCGGCAGGCCUUCGCCGCCGCCCACUCCCUCUACCUCCGCUCCCUCCGCUCCACUGGCGCCGCCCUCCUUCAGUUCGCCAACGCUGAGACCCACCUCCACCUCCUGCACACCCACCACCACUACCCUCCCCUCCCCUCCCCAUCCCCAUCCGCUGCACCGCCGCCCCCGCCCCCUCCACCGCCACCACCGCCCCCGCCACCGCCACCUCCCCCUCCUCCAAUGAGCCCAUGCUCUGACACCUGCACCUCUUCGGUCACCGCCUCCCCAGUGCUCCCCCCGCCUCCUCCCCCGCCGCCACCCUUGUCAAGCUGGGAUUUUUGGGACCCAUUUGUUCCUUCUUCCUCCCGGUCGGUUACCGAAGAGGAGUGGGAGGAGGCGACCACCACCGUGUCCGAAGUCACCGCCGCGCCUGCCGCCGCCCCGGCGCCGUCGGUUGUCAGCGGCUUCUCGAAGGAUUCCACCAGUGAGCUCGCCAUGGUUGUGGUGCCCAGGAGCAGGAAGGAUCUAUCUGAAAUUGUUAAGGAGCUCGACGAGUACUUCCUCAAGGCAGCCGAUGCCGGAAGCCGUGUUUCGGUGCUCUUAGAAGCUCCAAAUUGCGGGCUUCCUUCUAGUCAAGGACUAGCAGGCAAGAUGUGCAGCUACGGCAAGAGUCUGAACCCAUUUCUUUGGACCUGGGGAUCCAAUUCAAAGACUAGUGGUUUCACCAGGUUUGGGAGGUGUGGAGAGGAGAUGAUGGAGGGUGUCGGGAAUGGUGGUGGAGAUGGCAUUGGAAGCAUGAGCCAUUCUUCUACAGUGGAGAAGCUCUAUGCUUGGGAGAAGAAGCUCUUUCUUGAAGUCAAGAAUUCUCAGAGACUCAAGGAGGAGCAUGAGAGAAGGGUGGGCCUGCUAAGGAAGCAAGAGGCAAAGGGAGUGGACUAUGUGAAGGUUGAGAAGAACAGGAGCGAGAUUGAUAGGCUGGAGUCCAAGAUGUUGGUGUCCUCUCAGGCUAUAGAGACCACUGCCUCUGAGAUCAUCAGGUUGAGGGAGUCUGAACUCUCUCCCCAGCUCCUUGAGCUGGUCACUGGUUUGAUGGGCAUGUGGAGGAGCAUGUAUGAGUGCCAUCAGGUCCAGACCCACAUAGUCCAGCAGCUCGAGUACCUCAACAAUGCAUCAAGUACUAAUCCGACCACUGACAUACACCGGCAGGCCAGUCUCCAGUUGGAGCUUGAGGUCAACCACUGGUACUCAGCCUUCUGCAGCCUGGUAAAGUCCCAGAGAGAGUACAUGUAUGCCCUCACAGGCUGGCUACGCCUAUCUCUGUUUCAAUGCGACCACAACAUGCUCGGCAAAUCCCAGCAGAGUUCCGACAUCUACUCGUUCUGUGAAGAAUGGCAGCUUGCUCUCGAUCGAAUUCCUGACAAAGUAGCGUCAGAGGGGAUCAAAAGCUUCAUAACAGUAAUCCAUGCAGUUGUUGUUCAGCAGGCAGAGGAGCAGAAGCAAAAGAGGAAGUCGGAGCUGGCAUUUAAAGAACUCGAGAAAAGAGCUCAAGAACUAAGGUCACUGGAAUCCAAGUGUGGCCCAUACUCGGCAGCUGAAGGUCAUGGGGAAAUGUCACGGAGAUAUCCAGUUAUGGAGAAGCGGGCAAAGGUUGAAUCUUUAAAGACGAAGGCGGAGGAGGAGAAGAGCAGGCAUGAGAAGAGCGUUGCGGUCACAAGAGCAAUGACUCUGAACAAUUUGCAGACAGGGCUGCCCAAUGUUUUCCAAGCCAUAACUGGUUUUGCCAGUGUAUGCAUGCAAGCAUUUGAGUCGGUUUAUAACCAUCAGAGAAGAUCGGAUCGGGUUAUUGACGUGAAGAGAUUGCUCACUUGAGGGAUCCAAAAAAAAUGGAGGUUAGAUUCAUGUAUAAUCUGUAAACAGUUUUUGAGUAUAGCAAGUAGGUGGUGGGUGUUCACAGUUUUCUUUUAGCUUUUAAUGGUUUUGGUUGGCAAAUAUGUGGAGGCUACCAAAGAAGUGCUUCUGGUUCUUGUAACUGGUCAUGGUCCAACGAGAGGCCUUCUGAUCUCAGAAGUUCCAUCAUACCUGAGAACUGGGGUGUUGAAUCAUUUUUUGGAUUCGACGCAGUUUCAGUUUGAUGUGUUCCAAAGAUUUUUAUGGAGGUUUCUCGCUUUUGUUUGCAAAGUAGCAUGGAUUCACAAUA